AUGGCUAGAGUGGUGCACCUAUGGAAUAAUUGGGAGGUCCAAAUCCUAGUGCUUGUUAGCUUCAUGCUGCAAGUUUUCCUGCUCAUGUUCGCCAGGAUGCGACGGAGGAACAUCUCCAUCGUCCCAAGAACCCUCCUCUGGCUAGCAUACUUGCUGGCAGACUCCAUAGCGAUAUACAUCCUCGGCCACAUGUCUUUCUGUGGCAAGCCCCACGGGCGCCAACAGCUCAUGGCAUUCUGGGCGCCAUUCUUGCUGGUGCAUCUCGGUGGCCAGGACAACAUCACUGCCUACUCCAUAGAAGACAGCCAGCUCUGGCCACGUCACCUGCUCUCUUUUGCCGUGCAGACGGUGGGAGUGGCAUAUGUCCUCUACAAGUAUGUCGCUGGUAGCUGGACCUUGGUCACAGCCGCCGCGCUGAUAUUUUGCAGCGGUUUUCUCAAGUAUGGGGAGAGAGUAUGGGCGCUCCAGUCCUCCAGCCUGGACAACAUGAGUAAGUUCCUCGACAGCAGGAAGUUGGCUGAGGCUAAACGAGAACAGCGUGCACAGUGGGGCCAAGGGGAGAGGUUGGAUCAUGAAGAGGUUCUUCAGGGAGCUCAUGACCUGCUCCCCAUUUGCAUGGCUCAGUUUGUGGACUAUAAGUUUUGGCCAUCCCCAUUCCAGAGUAAAGCCGUCAAGCUAUUUGAUAGAGGGGGGCAAAUGUUUGAGUUGGUUGAGAUGCAGCUCUCCUUGAUGUAUGAUUUCCUAUAUACCAAGGCCGCGGUGGCCUUCACAUGGCAUGGAUGCUUCAUCCAUGUCAUUUCAUCAGUUGCCAGCAUCACCACUUUGUUCCUAUUUCAAUCAAGCAUUGGCAAAAAUGACUUCAACAGAGUUGAUGCAAUUGUCACAUACAUCUUAAUAGCUGGGGCUGUCCUCCUAGAGAUUACAACAUUGUUGAAGGCAAUGGGGUCAACAUGGACAUGCGCAUCGUUGCAUGCUAGAGGAUGGCAUCGGCUUCACAACAUUGUUGUAUCUUUCCGGCGGCGUGUCAAGGCCGCGGAGAGAAAUAGAAGAUGGUCAGGUUCCAUUGGACAGCCUGAAUUGCUUAACUCGGCCCAGGGCACUGGAGGUUGCGUGGAGUGCAUGGGAUGCAAAGAUUUGUGGAAGAAACUGCACAACUCCUUACCUGUCGUUUCAGAUGGUACUAAGAAGUUGGUGUUGGAAGAGGUGCAGUAUCUAACUAUAUGA